AUGAGCAGCAGCAGCGGCGACAGCAGCAGCAGCAGCAGCGGCAGCAGCAGCAGCAGCAGCAGCGGCGAUGUGCUGGAACAUAUGGAGUUUGAGGUGUUUGGAAAAGUGCAGGGGGUUUGCUUCAGAGCCUACACGCAGAAAGAAGCAAAAAG